AAGUACCAACGGGCUAAUUCUAAUGGUAAUUUUGUAAUUCAGUUUUCUCAGCUUUGGAAGGAGCUAGAACAAACAUUUUUUUAUCAUUAAAUAGGGAAUUGUUUAUACUAUAUACACCACUAUUCAAUACAAAAAAAUUCGCACCUACGAUUUUUUCAGAAAACGCCGCCUAAAUGCCCACUGUGGGUUAAUCGGCUAAAAACUGUUAAAAACAGUCCGUUAAUAGUUACCGUUUUCUGUCCGUUAUUUCACCAUGAAUCGUGCCUAAACAAACAGUUAACUGUAUGCACUUCAAACUAAAAUUCACAUCAUCAUGAACUGUCUGUUAACAUGCCAUUUUGGAACAGUUAAAAUAUUAACAGGAAAAAGCAUUAAACAUUGACAAUUAAAUGGCAGCUUUUAACUAUUUGCCAACAAACCAUUCACUCUUUUGUUCCAUUAUUACUUUAUUUCUUUUGAGAAAAGUUAGAAUUUUUCUCUUCUUUGAGCAUUCAAAAUCAUCAAAACUUGUCUCAAGGAAAAUAGUCUCUAGUUCUGGGAUGAGUACUAAUGACGGGGCCAUAAGGAACCAAACAAAUUUAAAUCUGAAUUUAGUUUAGUGAGAUUAUACUAGUGAGAGUAGCAUGAAAGGGAUGAUUAGGGUAGAAGAUAAGCCAUAAAAAUUGCUGUAAUGGUCUAAAAAUCAACAUUUAAUAAACGUUGGAUGGGUCAUUAAUGAAUGUUUAAUAAACAGUUGAUUACACCAUUUCCGACAUUCUUUACAUGAAAGCCACACUGUGGCAGUUAAGUGACUACAACUGCCAACAGUUUUUUCACUUACAAUAUGAAUGUAAUAUCAAGAAAUCCGUGUUCGGCAAUGAGAAAGGAUCAAAAUUUUUGAUUUUUCUCGUAACAUGACAAUAUAAUGCUAACAAAAAGGUAAGAGCAGCAUUAAGCAUUGAUUUCAGCUGCUGAAAAGUGCCCAAAGUAAUAAAAAGUGUUGUAACAAAAGAAGUGGUCUUAUGUACCCAUUUGACAUAAAAAAUCAAAAGAUCAUCGACUUUUCAAGCAUCCAAGUCAAUGAAUCCGAUGAUAGUUUAUAAUUAUUUCUCUGAGAAACAAAACGGUGAACAGAUUCAUGCAUAAAAAACUGACGGAACAGAGAAAAAUAGGGAUCCUAUGGAAUCUUGUCAUCUGAGGGAUGAUCCUACAUAGGAUCCAUUGACCUGAACAGUACUGUCGGAAAUGUGUGCUAAUCAUACAGAAACUUUAAUGGAUAGUGAUCAUGUUGCAAACACUUCAGUUUUUCUUACCAUCUAUCCUGUGAGAUCCUAGAAGAAAAUAGACAGAAGAUAAAAGCAUAAAGAGUAAUAUCAUUUUCAAAUGUCAUGAUGCAAUAGAUUACAUUUUUUUUCGGUAAAAAAAAUAAUCUUCAAGCUUUUAGGGAACUCAGACAAGGAAGGAAAGUAAGUUUUUCAUUCGUUCAUAUAGAGAACUGGCUUUUAUUUUCUAUGAGUUACAUGAGUUCUGUGAAUAAUCAAAAACACAAUAUAAAUUUUCAAAAAAUCAGGAUUUCGUUUUGAGCUCUUCAGAGAGCUUGAAGUCUGUUCUCUGUAACAGAACAAAUAAACAACUUAUUUUUUUUACAAUAUAGUCGGAUGACAUUUUUUAUGUUUAGUCAUCUAGAGAAGAAAUAUAAAAUAUGAGAAGAUGAUCAAGCUUAAAAUUUCGUCGUUCUAACAUUUUGACUUGAACAUUCACUCGUUCUCUCGUCAUGCUAAUAUGAAUGAAGAGCUACAGGCGUGUUAGAUGUCGCUUUGAUCUUUACAUAUAUACAUUCUAUUGCAUAAGUGUUGUAAAGAAGAAUAGAGAAGUUGUUUAGAAACGUUGUCUUGUAUUCUGAUGAUGGUAGACAAACUUUUGAAUUAAUUUGACAUUUUAGAAAUCUUUUCUUCUUUGACGAAUUUUUCUGUGAUAUCAAAACCAAAAUAAUGCAAAAUACUGAGUUAUCGAAUAUACUGAAUGUAAGAUGACAUGUGUUUUCAUUUUUCAAGCAUGUAAUACUACAGAAAUCUAAUUUAAUGGUUAAUUCAAAUGGAAAAAUUUGUCAUAUUUUAGAAACGGACACCAAAGGCAGGCAUCGUUGUUUGGUACAUAUCAUUAUACCUGAGAAAUUUUAUGUAUAGUUGUUAUAUAAAAAAUUGAUUCUAGGUCUGAUUUUUCGUACGAUCAUGUUGAUCAACUCGAAGAACUACAAGAUCCUGUUAGCAUUCAUAAUGUUUUUGUCAAAACAUUUGAAUUGGAAGAUGAUACAAGCCGUUCGAGAAUAUUAACCGACUUAUUUUAUUAUGCAUUACAUUUUGCACGUAAAAACAAUUUCUCGAAAGAACAAAUAUCAGCAUUUUUAUCAAUAUUAAAACGUGUCCAUGAUAUGUGUAUUAGUACACCAUUUGCUAAUAUGGACGAAACAUAUCAAUAUUUUAAAGCAUUAAUACUUUGCCAUUCAUUAUCGCGGCCACCCUAUAGUUUAAGAAUAUUUACACCUGAUUUAACGAAAAAAGUAACAGAUUAUAUAGUUGAUACAUAUUUUCGUCAUUUUAAAAUGUACAAAUAUGCAUUUACACCUUCCAUUCGUUUGAAUUUAAAAUUCAAUUAUACGGGUUUAACUAAAGAUGAACCUGAAUUAGAACCAUUGCAUGAUGAAGUUAUAAAUAGUGAUAACUAUGUAAAUGAAAUUAGCCAAAAUCAAGAUCAACAAUUACCGGUCGAAGAGGAAAGUGCUGAAUUACAAGAAGUGAGAAAAUUAAUUCGUACCUAUGUUAGUGAAGAAAUAAAAAAAAUUCGUAAUAAAGUUGACGAACAAUUAAAAAUAACGGAAAAUACAUUAAAUGAACAAAUGAAAAAUGAUUUUCCACAACAACUACCAAAAUCAAGAGGAGAUAAACGAGAAAAAACACCAAAAAAGAAAUAA